GCUUCUCGGGCUCCGGACUGACCCCGCCCACCACAAUCGCCACUGGACUGAGGAGCUGCAGGCUACUACUGCCCACCAGGGCUCUGAUGCCUGCACGACUUCUUCCUGCCACUGCUGAGUUGUAGUCCAUCUGCCAUGGAAAUAACGAAUAAGGAUGGAGAAACCCCUGGGCAAAUUCUGGGCUGGGCUCCACCCUGGGAUUCUGCUGAAGAGGAGGAAGAAGACAAGGCAUCCAGGGAGCACAAUGAAGGCAGAAGCCGCAGGGAGAGCUAGAGGACGAGUGGAAUGGCAGGAGGUCUUUGGGCCACUUGAAGCCACUUCCCAAGAGGCCCAGGAACCUGAGUCCUUCUCAGCCUGGACAGAUCACCUGGCCUGGGAAAAUGCCCAGAAGUGUCAGCAGCAGCUGCAGCAACAUGAGGCAGAGGGAACUUGAAGACCCCACAGGCUAAGGGCUCCAGUCUCAGCUGGUGGCAACAGAAGGAGCAGUGGCUCUUCUAAGAGUGAGCCAGAGCUGCAGAGAAGGAGCUUUGUGAGAAGCUAGGCACGGCCAGGCCAGGCCAGCACCACAGGCUCUCAGGGGCCCGGGGCGCAGGGCCCAACACCCCACAGAGCAGGUCACUCCUAUCUCUCCUCCAGACCCUGAGAAAAGAGUGAAGAUGGACUCAGUGUAGUCAAGUUGUUAAAAACUAACUUCAGGCCUCAGCCUUUCCUGCCUUCGGCUGAAACGGCAGCAUCUUCUAAGCCCUGGGGGCUUCCCCGGCCCCAGCCCUGGCCUAGAACCCGCCUGCUGCCUGCCUGCCACUGCCGCUUCCUCUAUAAAGGGACCCAGGGGCCUCGCACAGCAGGUUCUCCUCAUGACACCAUUGGGACAUCUCUACCUCCUGAGGGUGCGUGGUGCCCACCUCCUCCUCCUCCUCCUUCUGGGGCUACUGCUGGCCCUGCUGCCUGAGGCCCAGGGGCUCCCUGAUGUUGGCCUCUCAGCUGCACGGACUGCCCAUUAUCACUCCCAGAAGCACUUCGCACAAGGCACCCUCAAACCUGCUGCUCACCUUGUUGGAGAUCCAAGCACCCAGAACUCACUGCGCUGGAGAGCGAACACAGAUCGUGCCUUCCUCCGCCACGGCUUCUCUUUGAGCAACAAUUCACUCCUGGUCCCCACCAGUGGCCUCUACUUUGUCUAUUCCCAGGUGGUCUUCUCCGGGGAAGGCUGCUUCCCCAAGGCCACCCCCACCCCUCUCUACCUGACCCAUGAAGUCCAGCUCUUCUCCUCCCAGUACCCCUUCCACGUAUCUCUCCUCAGUGCUCAGAAGUCUGUGUGCCCAGGGCCACAGGGACCUUGGGUACGUUCAGUGUACCAGGGGGCAGUGUUCCUGCUCACCCAAGGGGACCAGCUCUCCACUCACACAGACGGCGUCUCCCACCUACUCCUCAGUCCCAGUAGUGUCUUCUUUGGAGCCUUCGCUCUGUAGAAAAAUCUAGAAAGAAAAAACUGGUUUCAAGGCCUUCUCCCCAUCUCGCCUCCAUCCUGAUUAUUUCAAGGGUUGCGACACCUCUCCUUGGACUAUUCCAACAGUCUCCAGUCUUCCCAGCUCACAUGACCUGGAGCUUCCGACGAAGGAAUCUCGGCACCUCAGGACUCCCUCCUCCUUGAAUCACCCCAGUGCUCUGCUCAGUGCUCAGUGCUCGGCUGAGGACUUAAGCCUGCCUAGAGAUUCCCACUCCGAGCUCUGCUCUGUGCUGCCAGUGCAAAGGCUUAGCCCUGGGCGUGCAGGGGAGCAGACAUGUUGGGAGCUUGGGUGGAUGUCUGGAGGCAGGGAGAGGGGACUAUUUAUGAGGAGAAAAAAUUAAGUUAUUUAUUUAUGGAGAAUGGAGAGAAGGUAAUAAUAGAGGGACAUCAGAAGAGAAAGAGAUAAAUAUGUCCCAGAUAUGAAGCUGAGAGGCACUGCACAAGAAAGACCAAGAGAGAACAUGAGUAGUUGAGGGGCUGAGGGGCUCUAGAAGAACAUGAGGGUUCUGAAGGGCCAGCACUGCUUGACUAGACACCCCAUGAGACAAUGUCUGCAGCCUCGAUCAA